AUGUCAAUACUCCAAGAUGAACUUAACUUGACACCACUCCACCGAGCCUGUUUGAUGAAUAACUCUGAUAAAGUUGCUAAAUUAUUACAAGACAAAACAGUGGAUAUCUCUGCCCUUGAUAAAAAUAGAUCUACACCACUUCAUUGUGCUUGUCAGGCUGGGCACACAGAAAUAGUUGAGCUUCUUAUUCAAGAAAGAGCUAAUCGUCUUAAAUCUGCUUUACAUGAAAAUGAUGCUGACUCUAAAAUCAAAUCUUUUUUCAAUCUCACUGAUAAUCAUGAAAAUAUACCACUUGGUUUGGCUUGUAUAGGAGGGCAUACAGAAAUAGUUAAACUACUACUGAAACAAAAAGGAGUUGAUGUCAAUCACACAAAUAGCCAAAAACGUACACCACUUGCUAUGGCAUGUAUACGAGGACAUACAGAAAUAGUUGAACUACUACUGGAGCAUGGAGCUAAUGUCAAUGUUACUGAUGAAAAUGAACUUACACCACUUGGUAAUGCCAGUAUACCAGGACAUACAGAAAUAGUUAAACUACUACUGGAGCAUGGAGCUAAUGUCAAUGUUACUGAUAAAAAUGGAAAUACACCACUUGGUAAUGCCAGUAUACCAGGACAUGCAGAAGUAGUUGAACUACUACUGGAGCAUGGAGCUGAUGUCAAUCACCUUAAUAAACAAAAAAAUACACCACUUGGUAAUGCCAGUAUACCAGGACAUGCAGAAGUAGUUGAACUACUACUGAACCAUGGAGCUGAUGUCAAUCACCUUAAUAAACAAAAAGACAUACAGAAAUAG